AUGAAGAUGGUUUCCUCGCUUCUCCUCCUGCACCUCGCCGCAUCUCCAACCCUUGCUCUGCCAUCUACAUCCGCACCACGACAAAACACCUUCCAGCACCCAGGAAUUUUCGUCAGCCAAGCUCAGCUCGACUCUACCAAAGCCCACCUUGCUGCCAAAGCCAACCCAUGGAGAGCAGCGUACUCAGCUCUAGACGACCUGCCAUGGACCAAACCCUCCUGGGGCCCCUCACCCGUUGCCACAGUGCGCUGUGAAGACCCCGGCACCCCAGAGCACGACCAGGAGCAGGGCUGUGAAGAAGAGCGUCUCGAUGCCUUAGCUGCUUACUCACUUGCCCUUCGCUGGGCAUACACAGGCAACGAUACCUAUGCUGCUAAAGCCAUAACCAUUAUCGAUGCGUGGAGCGGCACAUUAAAAGAGCAUGUGAGUUCUAGUGCACCGGAGCAGCCGGGAUUGCAGUCUGGCUGGGCCGCUUCGACAUGGACGCGUGCAGCUGAAAUCCUGCGGUACACAGAUGCAAACUGGGACACUGGUAGUAUCACAAGAUUUUCGGGCAUAUUAAGGGACGUGUAUCUCCCUCUCGUGCGCGACGGCAGCGCAGAUAACCCGAAUAACAUCGACUCCGCAAUGCUAGAGGCUGCGCAGAACAUCGCUGUCUUCCUGGAAGACCGUACCCUCUAUGAUGCAGUGAUGGAAAGGGCAAAGCUGCAUAUCGCGUCGUACAUCUAUCUCAAGAGCGACGGGAGCUUCCCCAAGAUUCCCGAGUGGACGACCAAGUACCUAACUGAAGCUCGUGUGCGUGCGCUCUGGCAGUCCGACGGCUCGUUCUUCGAUGGCCGCACCAUGGAAACGUGUCGCGAUCUCGAGCACGCGAGUUACGGCCUCGCUUCUAUUUCACACAUGUUCGAGACUGCGAGAAUACAGGGCGAGGAUCUUUACACAACUGGAUUGGGAAGCAAGUUGCAGACCGCGCUGGAAAUGCAUGCGCAGUACGCUGCAGGAGGCCCGGUGUCCAGUGAGGUCUGCGGAGGGCAAUUGAAGUAUGAAUUGCUCCCUGUUGCGGAGCCGGGAUAUGCGCAGUUUGUAGGGAGGCUGGGCAGGAGUAUGCCAAAGACGAAGGCAUUUGUGGAAGGGAGCAGGCCGGCGAAACCGAACUAUCUGUUCACAGCGUGGGAAACGUUGACACAUGCUUCGUAG